AUGGGAAUGCAUACUAAGGUCUUGAUUUCAGGACUUCCUUGCUCACAGGUAUCGUUUGGUGAGGGGAACAUUGUAUGCCGCUGUAACGCCACAUACUGUGACACCGUUGACCCCUUAGAACCUCUGGCCAUGGGGAGUUUUGCACAAUACACCUCGACAAGAGACGGCAAACGUUUGUAUAAAACUGUCGGCAGCAUUUCUCAGUCUCCCACAGGAAUUGUAAUAAGGGUAGAUAAAAACACGACUUUCCAGCGUCUGUUUGGUUUUGGAGGAGCAUUUACUGAUGCAGCAGCGAUUAAUAUUGCCAACUUGUCAACUACAGCAGCGAACCACGUCAUAGACUCAUAUUAUGGGCCAAUGGGAAUCGAAUAUUCGGUUGGCCGCGUGCCUAUAGGAAGCUGCGAUUUUUCUACCCAUCCGUAUUCUUAUGAUGAUACUGACGGGGAUUUCAAUUUGACCAAGUUUCAGCUUGCAGAAGAAGAUAUUACUUUAAAGAUACCAUUAAUUCAAAGAGCAAUAUCCGUGAGUAAGAGAAAUAUAUCGUUCUUUGGAAGUCCUUGGACUGCUCCAGCAUGGAUGAAGACAAACAACAAUUUGACAGGCAAAGGUUCCAUAAAAGGGGAAGCAGGCAACGCCUAUCACAAAACAUGGGCUCUGCACUUUGUCAAAUUUCUUGAUGCCUACUUGCAAUACAACAUAAGUUUCUGGGGACUGACAGCUCAGAAUGAGCCUACAGAUGGAAACAUUGACCAUUUCCCAUUUCAAGCCACCGGCUGGACGCCUGAGCAACAGCGAGACUUCAUUUCGAAAGACCUUGGGCCAGCCCUUCAUGCCAAUGGUUAUACAGACCUUAAGCUUAUGAUGUUGGACGACCAGAGGCUUCUUCUCACGUACUGGGCAGACACGAUAUUAGCGGAUCCUGGUGCCAGCAAAUAUAUAUCUGGUGUUGCUGUGCAUUGGUAUAUGGAUGCCAUAUCUCCUACAUUUGAGUUAGAUUACAUUCACAAAAAAUAUUCGGAUCACUUUAUAUUUGGAACUGAGGCCUGUUAUGACACAGUCUUACAUCCGGUGAACCUUGGAAACUGGAAACAUGCAGAAGGAUACGCCCACGACAUCAUGCAGGAUCUGGAACACUGGGUUACAGGUUGGACAGACUGGAAUCUAGCCCUGAAUCUGGAAGGUGGUCCCAACUGGGUACACAACUAUGUAGAUAGUCCUGUUAUUGUUAAUGCAGAACAAGAUGAGUUUUAUAAACAACCAAUGUUCUACGCAAUGGGUCACUUCAGUAAGUUUUUACCAUCCGGAUCGAUUCGCAUAGGAAAUAUUGCACAGGGACAGGUCCCAGAAGGAAUCAAAAUACUGACUUUCCAGACACCGAGUGGUUAUAUCGUGACAAUAAUACUUAAUGUGUGA